CGUCCCUGAAGGCAGCAGCGGAUGAGGAAGGCACCCUGGCAACGCUGUCACUAAGCUAGCUAGCGUUAACGUUAUCCGAGUACUGUGGAGGCUUCUGCUUUGUCAACAUGCUCUUACAUGGUAAUCCAGCCUAUCUACCUUUUAAUCUUAACACCGCAGCUUCCUCAAAAGCCUGUUAACAAAAUGUGUGAUGGAGUUUUAUUUUAACGAGCCAAGCUAGCCUUUCGUCGUAGCUACACAAUCAGUCGGACCAGCUAACCUGAACGAGUUGUUGUUAGCAUUUAGCUUCUAGCUUCGGUGAAUAUGGCGAUUGUCUCUGGCUCCUGUGCCCGGGUGAACGGCUCCAGGAAUGGGCCUUCUGUGUCAGCGACGCCGUCUGGAUCCGUGGGACAAUCUCAGCCCAUGAUAGCGGUGUGGGAAUGGCAGGACGACCAGGGCUACUGGAGGCCUUAUAGCGGCCAGGUGAGCGCCUACAUCGAGCGGUGCCUGUCGCCGCGGGGACACCGAGGAGGAGGACCCGGCUCGACGAGCAUCUGCCUCGGACAGUCAGACCCAAGCCUGUCGCCUUAUCUCAUCGACAUACCAAGCUUGAAACAGUUCCGGCAGGACACAGGAAAGACACGCUCAGUACGUCGGUCCCUGUUUGCCCAGUCCUCAGGCCUAGGCAGUGGUGUUUACUGGGAGUGGGUGAACGAUGAAGGCGGUUGGACUCCAUAUGAGACUCGAACCUCUAUCCUUUUGGAGCACAGCUACCAGGCCCGACAAGGCACGGCAGACCUGGGCCCGCACGGAUACAAUUACAUAGUGGAUCUCACGUCUCUCACCCAAGUGAACAAAUCCUCGGGUUUCAGGCGGCAGGUGCGACGGCAGUGUAACCUACCCUACCCGCUCGCCUCCUUCGGCCCCCCGGCCAUCCCCUCUGCCCCCGCCUGCUCCUGCCAGCAGUGUUUGAGUCACAGCAGCACGGGGCCCAUACCCAGCCGUUCGCGUCAUUCCUUCUCGUCGGGCAGCCUGAACCGGCCCAGCCUUCAAGGGACGGGGAGGGCUGCUGCCGCUCACCCUACUUCUGUCUACUCGCCAUACCCCAGGAGACCCCUCUCUGUAGGGGGCAUGUCCUGGGGUAGUCCCUGGCCACCACCGGCCUCUGGUAGUCAACUGUCUGCAGCACCGCUUCUUACCAGCUCUACCAGUGCCAAUGGGUUAAGUGUUCCUUCCAUCUCUGUGCAGCUGAAUGGAUCCACCAGCGUGAGCUCUGCCCUGGCAGGCAUGGCCUCCAUUUUGAUGUCAGCAGUUGGACUCGGCGUGCACUUCACCACUGCCCCUCUCCCUCAGCAGCAGCAACAGCAGCAGCAGCAGCAGCAGCUACAGCAGCCACAGCCUCAGCAGCUACAGCAGCAGCUACAGCAGCAGCAGCAGCAGCCUGCUCCUUUCUCUCUUCCUCCUCCUCUCCUCCCCCCAGCCAGCAGGCCCAGCAAGCCCCACAGCAGCAGCAGCAGCAGCAGUUCAGUUAGGAGAGCAAAGAGACAGCACAGGAGAGCCUCUGCUCAGAGACCUGAGGAUGUGAUUCAACGCUACAUGGAGGUAGUGGCCGGAGUUCCAGAUGAGGACUGUAUUAUCUGCAUGGAUCAACUGUCAAAUCCAUCCGGCUAUGAGAUGCCGUCAACAGAUGAGGGCGGCCCGAACAUCCUGCCAGACACUGUGGGGAAAUUCAUCAAAUGUGGACACACCCUGCACAUGCUCUGCAUGCUCGCCAUGUACAACAAUGGAACAAAGGAUGGCAGUCUGCAGUGCCCCUCAUGUAAGACAAUCUACGGAGAGAAGACCGGCACCCAGCCCAAAGGCAAGAUGGAAAUUUACAGUGUCGCCCAGUCGCUGCCGGGCCACCCAGACUGUGGCACCAUUCAGAUCAUCUACAGUAUACCACCUGGCUUACAGGGACCAGAGCAUCCCAAUCCUGGACAGCCGUACACCUGUAGAGGUUUCCCUCGCUUCUGUUUUCUACCAGACAACGACAAGGGCAGGAAGGUGCUGGAGCUGCUGAAGGUGGCGUGGAUGCGUCGCCUCAUCUUCACCGUGGGAACGUCCAGCACCACCGGAGAGCCCGACACGGUGGUGUGGAACGGGAUUCACCACAAAACCGAGAUGAUGUCCAACUUGUCGGGCCACGGCUACCCAGACCCCAACUAUCUGGACAAUGUUCUGUCUGAGCUGGCCUCUCAGGGCGUGACAGAGGACUGCCUCAAACCUCUGGGCGGAGGCGGCGGUGGCGGCGCCAGCAGCUAGGUCAAGGCUCCGAGCGUCGUGCACACUUCCACUAACUGCUGACCCACUCCAGUUACAACCCAUCAACAUCCACCUCUUUUUCCAGCUGGACUUUCUGCAACCUCUGUCUGUUAUUCAGUAAUGUCAGCGUCCGCCUGAUUCUCAAUGAAUGAGCGAACAGGAAGAAAGCGAGCUGAAUAAAGGUUCCUCUGGAAGAAGAGAAGAGAGAGUUAUAUUGAGCUAAGAGCUAAAUGUGGCUCCUGUUACUCUUAAAAACCCCCCUUUCACACAUGUACUACAACCCUGAAGUUAUCCAACAUUAUAAAACUGUGAGAACGCACAUGUCCAAAUCACUCAAACCGGACAUUAAACAGAUUUUACUCGGCUAGCUCUCCAGCGUGUAAUCCGUGUAAUGUCCGAUUUAAGUUCAUGUGUAAAUACAGCAGGCUGUUUUAACGGGGGAUUCCCAGUGAGCCAGCAAACGGCCGUGUCAGUGACAUUUCUAUCAUGUGACUGGCAAGAAACUGAAAUAAUAGAAAUAAGCAUAAUUUACACGAGGACGAUGUGAUUUAGCAAGCAAUGCUAAGAGCCUCGCUUGUUUAUGACCAAAUUAUGAACUGGUUA